UCCGUGCAGCCCCGGUGCGAAGAUGGUUGGCGGCUUGUGCGCUCGCAGGUUGGCCCGCCGGUCGCGGUCCGCCCUGAUAGCAGCCCUCACGGUCCUGCUGGUGCAGACGCUCAUUGUGUGGAACUUCAGCAGCCUCGACUCCGGCGAAGACAGGGAGAACGGAGGCUCCAACAUGCGGGAGAAGAGGGACCGGGUCGGAGGCAACAAAGCCGCUGGCAGCGACUAUUUCCAGCACGGGGUCCAGCAGUGGCAGCGGCAGCAUCUUCCGCCGCCAGGGAAGGGGACGUCUCGCCACAUACAGCAGCCGGAUGGAUAUUACUCCCACCGACCGAAAGAGAAAAGCAGAGUGGACAGCAACAACGAGAACUCUGUGCCCAAAGAUUUUGAGAACAUAGACAAUAGUAACUUUGGUGCGCGCUCACAGCCACACCGGCAAUCUGUUGGGGCCACCAGCAGCAAGCAGCAGCGGGAGCAUCUGCAGGAGAAGGCGCACGCCCAGCAGCAGGCCUGGCGGGACAACUCCCCGAGUCUGGGCCGCAGCUCAAAUGAGGUGCUGCCUGUAGGCCACCAGCCGCUGGCGGUCAGCAACAACGCCUCCUACCCAGGAGGUCAAGGUGUUGCUGGAGUGUCGCGGCAACACUACCGUGCCUCACAGGCCCAGCAGGCGCAGUCACAGCACAGACAUCAGCACCCGCACAGGAGGCAGGCAACUGCGGCGCCGCUGGAAGUGACCUACGACCAGCCACCCAAGUGCGAGAUCAGUGGGAAGGAAGCCAUUUCGGCUCUAUCCAGAGCCAAGAGCAAGGAGUGCCGGCAACAGAUCGCAGAGGUGUACUGCAGACACAAGGAAGGGCAGUUAAUGCCGGAGAAGGUCGCUCGCUACUGCCCCCUCGAGGGUAAAGCCAAUGCCAAUGUCCAGUGGGAUGAGGACUCUGCAGAGAGCUUUCCUUUAAAGCCAGUCAGAAUAGCGUUUGUCCUGGUUGUGCAUGGACGAGCAUCUCGCCAGUUUCAACGCCUCUUCAAAGCCAUCUACCACACCUCGCACUUCUACUACAUACAUGUCGAUCAGCGCUCAAACUACCUGCACAGGCAGGUGCACGCCCUGGCUGCUCAGUAUCCAAAUGUGAGGGUCACGCCCUGGCGCAUGGCCACCAUCUGGGGUGGUGCCAGUCUGCUGACCAUGUAUCUCCGCAGUAUGGCUGACCUGCUGGCCAUGAGGGACUGGAGCUGGGAUUUCUUCAUCAACCUCAGUGCUGCCGACUACCCCAUCAGGACCAAUAACCAGCUGGUGGCCUUCCUCUCCAAAUACAGAGACAUGAACUUUAUCAAGUCCCACGGCAGGGACAACGCCAGGUUUAUCCGUAAGCAAGGUCUAGAUCGUCUGUUCUUUGAGUGUGACACUCACAUGUGGAGGCUGGGUGACCGUAAAAUCCCAGAUGGCAUCUCGGUGGAUGGCGGCUCCGACUGGUUCCUUCUCAACCGCAUGUUCAUCGAAUAUGUCAUCAACUCCAAGGACGACUUGGUCACCAACAUGAAGCGCUUCUACGCCUACACUCUGCUGCCAGCCGAAUCGUUCUUCCACACAGUGCUGGAGAACAGCGCCCACUGUGAGAGCAUGGUGGAUAACAACCUGCGCAUCACUAACUGGAACCGCAAACUGGGCUGUAAGUGCCAGUACAAGCACAUUGUCGACUGGUGUGGAUGCUCCCCCAACGACUUCAAGCCUGCAGACUUCCACCGCUUCCAGCAAACGGUGCGGCCCACCUUCUUUGCCAGGAAGUUUGAAGCCAGCGUGAACCAGGAGAUAGUGAACCAGCUGGACGCCUACCUGUUUGGACCGCUUCCCCAGGGAACGCAGGGGCUGAACUCGUACUGGGAGAACGUGUACGACGAGCCGGAUGGCGUGGCCAGUCUGUCUGACACGCAGCUCACGUACUUUCACUCCUUCUCGCGGCUGGGCCUGGCCAGAGCUGCCGCCUCGUUGCAGGGAAACCCAAAGGACCACAGCUGCAGGUACUUCCCCAUGGGCCACCCAGUGUCGGUGCAUCUCUACUUCCAGUCAGACCAGUUCCAGGGCUACCUGGUCAGGCACCAUGCCACUAAUCUGGCUACGAGCAAGCUGGAGACCAUGGAGACCUGGGUGGCACCAAAGAAGAACUUCAAGCUGACCACACCUCCCAGCAGCACAUUCAGCAGGCUGCAGUUCGCAGAGAUCGGCACUGAGUGGGAUGCCAAAGAACGUAUGUUCAGGAACUUUGGCGGCCUGAUGGGCCCCAUGGACGAGACGGUGGGCAUGCAGAAGUGGAGCAAGGGUCCCAAUGUCACCGUCACAGUCGUGUGGAUCGACCCCACCAAUGUCAUUGCCGCCACCUACGACAUUCUGAUAGAUGCCAGUGCAGAGUUCACCCACUACCGCCCGCCGCUCAACCAGCCUCUGAGACCUGGUGUGUGGAGCGUCCGCAUCCUGCACCACUGGAGCCCCGUGGCUGAGAUGCACUUCCUUAUUGCUCCGUUGGCGUACAACAAGCAUCAGCCCAUACGACAAGAGGAUACUCUGAAGCUCCACAACGGGCCGGCGAAGAACAGCUACAUGGAGCAGAGUUUCCAUGGCCUCAAUCCGGUGCUCAACAUCCCCGUGAGCCUGGGCUACGUGGAGCAGGCCAAAAGGAACGCGGCCUUGACUGGCCCGGAGCUUGAGCGUUGGGUAGACAGCCUGGUGGGUGAGUUGUGGGAGGCGGCUGACAUCUGCGCCGUGGGCCCGACCGCCUGCCCCGUCAUGCAGGCGUGCCCCAAGAACCCCUGGAGCUCCCUGAGCCCAGACCCCAAAUCCCAGCUGGUAACACCUCGCGCAGACGGGCGCAUCAGGUAGCAGCGAGGCCUCCAGCUGGACAGGAGGCCUCGGCACAGGAGAUUCACUGUUGAUUUUUAUUUAUUUAAUGGGGUUUGUUGCAGGUGGGGGGAAAUGUUCUUCCUCUGUCUCGGGAGAAGAAGGAAACAAAAGAAAGAUUUCUUUGGGAGGCUGGUGAGGGUGUCUGGACGGAGAGCGAGGAGAAUGAUUUUCAGAUCCUCCCACGGGGUUCCUCCUUUUAGGGGAUUAUGCUGGCUUUGCUAUUUCAGUUUCUCAGUGUAUUUAUUUUUCUUCUCAUGGCUGAGUUUUACUGUGAUCAAACGUUGCAAUUUUCGAGCAUUUAUUUUGCUGCUGAAUGAAUUAUGAAGUCAGCUUUGAAAGCCCUGCGCGGGGCACGGCGUUCAUGUGAGUGUGGAUUGUCAACACUGGUAGCAGAUGAUGUUCUGCUGCAAAAAGGCCUUAGCUGUAAGACAUGCAUGAGGAGGUUACCCGGUACUGAGAUAAAUGUGCCUCCUUAUGUGUGUGUCAACAAAAUGAGACGACUUCUGAGUAUUCAGAUACACCCAAACAGUUCAAAAAGAUUAUUUUGAUAUGUCUCAAACGCAGCACAAUUAAAAGCAAACUUCCCAUUUAUGGAGAAACUUUGAACAACAAAUAUUUUAGCAUUAUUAAGGCCAAUUAUUUUGUUGAGUUUCCUAUCGUUCUUGUAAAUCAGUAGAAUAAAUCAGUAACAGCAGCACAACUUCUUUCAGUUCAGUGCCUGAUCAGGAUGUGGAACUGCCGUGGCCGGGCUAACCAUCUGCUGCAGUCACAUUUCGUAAACAUGGAAAAAGAGAAAUGCAAAUACAAGAGGCCUUCUCGGAAUAAUGAUUUGGAUGAUAAUAGAAAUUUAAUGUAGGAAAUUUCAGUGUUCUAAAUUCAUAAAUGCUUCAUUUUGUGGUUGUUGUAGAAUAGUGUUUUAACAUUCGCAUAGUGUAGGUUUAUUUGAAUAAAACCCAGAUGUUGUGACAGGCAGAGGACAAAGAGAGAAUUGCUCUGUCCGUCUUUUAUCAACCUGCCUCAAACUUGAAAACACAAUUAUCUCAAGCUGACCUUAAAAUUCUCGUUCUUGUUCUCAGUGUUUUUUUUUAACUUUACUUUCUUCCAGUCAUUUCAAUGACACUUUAUGUUGUACAUGAUGAUACAAGAAGUCUCAAAAAUUGUGUGAAUGAGGGGGGGGGGGGGGGUGAGUCCAUGAGUCGCUAUUUAUUUAUAAGUUUAUAUUAAUACUGAUAUUUUUAGUCAGUGACUAAAUAACUGCGACGCUGCCUUGGCAGCAUGAUAAAUAUUUUUUUGUAAAGAAAGCCGCCUUUAUUUACAAAGGCCAACACCCCAAACUGUACCUUUUUAUGGCCCGCACCUGUGUGUUAGUCAGUGUUGUCCUGUCUGAAUAGAUCUUCUUGUCUUGGUUUCUUACAUGGCUGUUUGCCAAGUGCAUCACAAGAGAAAGCCAACCCGACCUGCGAGGUCCGAGGUCAGCUACCUAACAACCUCAACAAACAGCGAACAAAAACACA